AUGGAGACCCCCAGGAAUCGCAAACAGCGCCGUGCAGCAGCUGGAUCCUCCACUAAAAAAGAUGAACCCGAAAUCGCCAUGGCCCAUCCCCAACGAGAUGAUCCGACGAAAAAGAGAGCAACCGUCGAGCGCACACUUUAUGACAUCAUCGCAGAGCGACAAAGCGGACUGCAUCAAAAGAAGGGAGCAAUUCCAGCUUCAGUUGAAGCACAGGGCAUACCGUCACAGUCAGGGGGAACGCGGUUCGUGACGGUCGACGCGUCUGGGGAAUUGGUCGACACCGACGGCGACAUCAGCAGUCAUCUCUCAAAUCCCUCGCAAAAGAAUACCAAGAAUACUCAAAAGAGUACAAAUGGUACCACUGUCAAGAAAGCCGACUCUGAAUCCGAACCCGACAAACCCCUCCCGCCAUUCCUCGACACAAUCCUCCUUUCCCUGCCUCUCACAACCCUCCACCUCACCCUGAGCUACCUCGCAGCACACCAAUACGCCGAAACAAUCGACCUGGCAAAACUCUUUAAAGAAUCCGUGACAACCGCGUUCCCUCUCCUUACUUUAUUCGUCCACCUAGCACACGGUCAUGUCAUCUCCUUCAAAAAGCGCAAUUCAAAAGCAGAGCCUGCUCCUCUUCAUUUGUUCCCAUUGACAAACGACAAAUUGACCUUUUCAUUCCUAAGAAGGCUUGUUUUUCCGCCUGCGCUAAAGACUCUGGUUUUUCUCCCUCUUUCUGCGUUGUUGGGCGCACAUCUUAUCGCUAUCACGAAUGGAGAGCCGUAUUAUGCGGUUAUGAAGAAGGCGCCUGCUGUUGGGACUAUUUGGAUAUGGUGUAUUCUUGAGUUGUCAUUUGGUGCGGCUGUCCUUGGGGCGUUGGGACCUUUGGUUUGGGGGGUUUGGUGGAUGGGGUAUGGGAUCAUUUGA